CAGUGAGAGAGAGAGAGAACAGUGUUUACGGAGCUGCUGUGCCCAUGGAUCGCUUGCGCACAGCAUCGAAUGGAACUACCCUUGUCCCAGAAAUCGUUAUUGAAGCAACUUCUAAUGGACAUUCCCAGAAUCUCUGCGGUCGUAGCAGUUCAACGUCUUUCACAGAGAAAGGGAGUGGUCGUUGGAGCACCCUAUUUCUUGCUUACAAGACGUUGGGAGUUGUUUUCGGGGGACUUGUUACUUCCCCUCUUUAUGUAUACCCUUCAAUGAACUUUAAAACUACUCCUACAGAAGAUGACUAUUUGGGAAUCUAUAGCAUCAUGUUCUGGACUCUCACUCUCAUUGGGGUUGUCAAGUAUACCCUCAUUGCUCUUAGAGCAGAUGAUCAGGGUGAAGGAGGUACUUUUGCCUUGUAUUCACUACUUUGUAGGCAUUACAAAAUUGGUAUUCUUUCUUCGAAGCGCACUGAUUCGAACUCAAGUAUUUCACCUGAUGAAUUAAACAGAGAGCAAAGCAAGUUGGGGAAAUUCUUUGAACAAAGCCUGGUUGCAAGAAGGGUAUUGCUCUUCGUUGCAAUGCUUGGAAUGUGCAUGCUAAUUGGUGAUGGUAUACUUACUCCCGCAAUUUCAGUUUUAUCUGCAAUGCAGGGGCUACAAGCACCUUUUCCUUCUGUCCAUAAAAUUCAUGUUGAAGCUCUCUCUGCAGUAGUUCUGAUCGUGUUGUUCCUAAUGCAAAAAUUUGGUACUUCUAAAGUGAGUUUCCUCUUCUCGCCAAUCAUGGGUACCUGGACUUUGACGACACCAAUUAUUGGUAUAUAUAGCAUAAUCCACUAUUAUCCAAGCAUAUUCAAGGCUUUAUCUCCACAUUACAUUGUUCAUUUCUUCUUGAAAAAUGGAAAGGAAGGCUGGCUGUUGCUUGGUGGAACUGUUCUUUGCAUCACUGGUUCUGAAGCAUUGUUUGCAGAUCUUGGUCAUUUCAGUAGGAGUUCAAUUCAGGUAGCCUUUUUGUUCACUAUAUAUCCGUCACUGGUCCUGACGUAUGCAGGACAGACAGCAUAUCUGAUCAAGAACCCCAAUGUUCAUCAUGACGGAUUUUUCAAGUUUGUACCUACCGCAGUGUACUGGCCUAUGUUUAUUGUUUCCACACUUGCAGCAGUUGUUGCAAGCCAGUCGCUAAUAUCUGCAACCUUUUCUAUAAUCAAGCAAUCAGUAGUACUGGAUUAUUUUCCUCGGGUUAAGGUGGUGCAUACCUCCCCAAACAAAGAAGGCGAAGUUUACUGUCCUGAAGUCAACUAUAUCCUCAUGGUUCUUUGUGUUGCAGUGAUAGUCAUUUUUGGAAACGGACAAGAUAUCGGAAAUGCUUUUGGUGUUGUGGUUAGUCUGGUAAUGCUUAUCACGACCAUGUUGCUGACAUUAGUUAUGGUUAUGAUAUGGAGAACACCACUUGUGCUAGCUGGACUAUACUUUGUUGUAUUUUUUGUCAUGGAAGGUGUUUAUGUAAGCGCCGUCUUAACUAAGAUCCCUGAGGGUGGUUGGAUACCUUUUGCUAUUUCCUUUAUCCUUGCCUUCAUUAUGUUUGGGUGGUUCUAUGGAAGACAGAGGAAGACAGAAUAUGAGAUGACCCAUAAGAUAAGCUUAGACAGUCUUGCAGUGCUCUUAUCAGAUCCUGAGAUCCAAAGGGUACCUGGCCUGUGCUUCUUCUAUAGCAACAUUCAAGAUGGGUCGACUCCAAUUCUUGGACAUUACAUAAAGAACACGAGGUCCCUACAUAGGGUGACAAUUUUUACAACGCUCAGGUACUCAUUGGUUCCUAAAGUGGCCCAACAUGAGAAGAUCACUGUCAAGAAACUGGGCCUUCAAGGGUUGUAUCAGUGCACCAUCCACUAUGGGUACGCAGAUUCUAUCAAUCUUGAAGGAUAUGACUUCAUAGAUCAAAUUACUGAUAGCUUGCGGUACCAUAGCUCAAGUAGUUUACCCUCUGGUCCUCUGUCUAUUGAAGAAGAAACGCAGGAGUUGGAGCGUGCAAAGCAGGCUGGUGUAGCUCAUAUUAGAGGGAAGACAAAGUUUCAUAUAAGCAAGAGUUCUAGUUGGUUUGACAAGAUCAUGCUUGGAUUUUAUGAAGUCCUUCACAAUAAUUGUAGGUCUGCACUCCCUACUUUAGGGGUACCUAUUCAAGAACAUAUUGAUGUUGGUAUGCUCUAUGAGGCUUGAAAGAAA